CUCGAAUCGCGUCCCUCCAACUCAACUCCAAGCCGCCAUUUCAUUCCCCUUGUCACUCCGAAUUGGAGCGGAUCAGUGUAUGGGAAAGCAACCAUCACCUGUGGCGGAACGGCAGGUCGUGGUACCGCAGCCCAAACGCUUCCGUGGCGGCAAGGUAAAGGUCAACCUUGCCGCCGCGCUCGAACGCGUCCACGCUAGCACGUGGCGUCCGAUCGUUCCCAUGACGGAAGACGAAGAUGAACUGCCGCUCGAAAUGUGCUUUGAUGGACUCAUGCUCGGCAACGGCAUGACUAUGCUGCGUGGUGGAUGUUCGUGGAUCGACGAAGGCCGCCCGUUGUCAUCUGCCUCGGAACGUUCCACCGCAGACUUCAUGGAAAAUGACGUCAACGACGACCCGUUGUCAGAUGAAGAACUCGCGAAUUUGUGCGCGUCGACAUGAGCAAAUCCACCAUUGAACGGCGAAACAAGGUAGAGUUAUCAGAGCGCUGCCCCAUUUGCCUUGAGCGACACGACCUACGACGUGAUCUAUCAAAAUCCCUCUCCCCUCUCGUAACCCAAAAAAAUACGCUCGAUGUUCCGUCGCCCA